AUGGACAGAGGGGAACCUGUUAUAAUGAGAAGCAGAGCAUCAGGUUAUCAACACAAAGAUAAACUUAUGCUAGAUGAAGAAAAGUUUAGAAACCUGUCUAUGCUUGAGAGAUCAACCAUAAGGAAGGUUGCUUCUAAGAUGGAAGUAAGCAAGUCAACAAUUGGUAGAUUCAUUAAGAGUAGACAGUUAAAACCGCAUACAAGUGCUAUCAAGCCUACAUUGACUGAAGCCAACAAACUUGCAAGGAUGAAAUGGUGUCUUUCUCAUAUUCAGCCAACAUUAGAAGAAGGUAAACUUUUUUACCAUUCAAUGCACAACAUAGUUCAUAUUGAUGAGAAAUGGUUCUACAUGACAAAGACAUCAGACCGAUAUUACCUUUUGCCGGAUGAGGAUGUGCCGUAUAGGUCCUGUAAGUCCAAGAGAUUCAUCACUAAAGUGAUGUUCAUGGCUGCUGUCAGUCGGCCACUAUUUGGUAGUGAUGGGGAAACCAUAUUUGAUGGUAAAAUAGGCUUAUUCCCGUUCACAGAGGAAGUACCGGCCCAAAGAAGUUCUAAGAACAUGCCAAAGGGGACAAUUGAGACCAAGCCUAUUCAAUCCAUCAACAAGGAAGUCAUGACAGCCUGUCUUCUAAACCAGAUUAUACCAACAAUCAAGGCCAAAUGGCCAGCCAAUGCAAGCAAGAAGAUUUUCAUCCAGCAAGAUAAUGCCAAACCUCACCUAAGAGCUGCUGAUCAACAGUUUGAAUCACUUGCUAGUACUGAUGGUUUUGAAUUCCAUCUAAUUAGCCAACCACCCAACUCCCCAGACACAAAUGUGUUAGAUCUAGGGUAUUUUAGGGCAAUACAAUCACUUCAAGAUGACAAAAUUGCCACCAAUGUAGAUGACUUGCUGAGGAAUGUGUUUACCUCAUUUGAAGAACUCUCACCACAAACACUCAGAGUAUUUAUUACACUACAAAGCUGUCUGACAGCAAUACUACAAGUGCAUGGGAAGAAUGACUACAACAUCCCUCACUUAAACAAGGACAGAUUGCAAAGAACAGGAUGA